UUUGCUCAUCUCUCGCCGUCGGAGAAAAAACUAUACCAACUCCCUUAAUAUACGGAGUAUACUAACCUCCAUCCGCCUCGCGUCGUGAAAAAUUGAGCCCCACCAUACGUCACCACAACGUGGAUCAGGGUCCAAAGACCGACCUCUCCGUCCCACUAUAUACCUACUCUAUCCAACUGGUUCAUCAGUCACUUCGUUGCAAAUCUAUCUACAUAGGCCAAUCACAUUCAAUUUUUUUUUCUUUUCAAUACUUUCCCAAUUGACUCGAUUUCCUCCCAACUGUGUGUUUACAAUGCCCGAGACAACUGCCCCGCAGUCCAACGAGGUGGGACUCAAGGAACGCUUCUUCAGCUACUUCCAACAUGAAGUGACAGGUAUAUCAUCACCGUUUGUUCCUGUCAUACCUUGUGCUACCCUCUUUUCUUUCCCUUCAAUGCACGGCAAUGUUUGAAAUUUGAAAAGUCGGCCAUGCUAAGAGUGAACGUAUUUUGCGUGGCACGCAGAUCUUCAGCGACAAAUGGACCAAAUCGCUAAUACGUCCACCAUUGGCGGCGAGCGAAUCGAUGCCGU